AUGGCAAUGGACUACUAUUUGCAAUGGCUUGUGACUCCGCUAACCCUAGCCAAAAGAUACCCAGAAAUCCUACUAUCCAUACCAUGUUUCCUCUUCCUCCACCAUCUCAACCGCCGCCGCAGAAUGCCGGUGAACUGGCCUGUGCUCGGGGUGCUCCCGUCGGUGCUUGCGAACUACGACCGCCUCCUAGAGUGGAGCACCGACGUCCUCCGGCUCGCGGGGAGGGCUUUCGUCUUCAAAGGCCCGUGGGCUUCCAAGGUCGACGUCCUCCUCACCUGCGAUCCCGACGACGUGCGCUACGUGUUCACCGCCAACUUUGCCAACUACCCGAAAGGCCGGGAGUUCGCCGCCAUCUUCGACGUGCUCGGCGACGGCAUCUUCAAUGCCGACCGCGACUCCUGGGCCUUUCAACGUAAGAAGGCCCAUGCUCUAAUGGCCGAGCCCAAAUUCCGGGCCUUUGUGGCUCAGUCCACAAAGGAGAAGCUGGAAAAAGGGCUUGUUCCAUUACUCAGCCAUUUAGCUGAAGGAAACUUGGUGUUCGAUCUACAAGACGUGUUUCUUAGGCUCACGUUUGAUACCACGGCGAUGUUCGUGUUUGGAUUUGACCCGGGGUGCCUCUCCGUUGACUUUCCAACGGUCCCCUUCGCCAAGGCCAUGGACGACGUCGAGGAGGUGCUGUUCUCGCGCCACGUCACCCCUCAUGCAUGGUGGAAGCUACAGAGGAGGCUCAACGUGGGCCACUACCGAAAAAUGGCCACAGCAACGAAGGUGAUAGACGAAUCCAUAGCUCAAUACAUCGCCAUGCGAAGAGAAGCUAAGAAUAGCAGCAGUGGUGGUGGUGGUGGUCAACGCGGCUACGACCUCUUGGGUUCGUACUUGGACUCGGAGGAGGAGGUGGGGAGGGAGAUGGCGCACGCGCGGGGGCACGUGUUCGAGAGGUUUGUGAGGGACACGGCGCUCAACUUCAUGGUGGCGGGGCGCGACACGACCAGCUCGGCGCUGACGUGGUUCUUCUGGCUGGUGGCCCACCACCCCGACGUCGAGAGCCGGAUCGUCGCCGAGCUGACCCGCCACGCACCGGCGAACCACCCCGCGCAGCUGCACAAACUCGUCUACACGCACGCCGCGCUGUGCGAGUCCCUGCGCCUCUUCCCGCCCGUCCCCUUCGAGCACAAGUCGGCGGCGAAACCCGACACUCUACCGAGCGGCGUCCACGUUCACCGGCAGCAGAGAAUUAUGUUUUCGCUGUACGCGAUGGCGCGGAUGGAGGGGAUAUGGGGCGCCGACUGCAUGGAUUUCAAGCCGGAGCGGUGGCUCGUGGCGGGCGGGGAGAAGAUCCGGCACGUGCCGUCGUACGUAUUCUUGGCGUUUAACACCGGCCCGCGGACGUGUCUCGGGAAGGACCUGGCUUUUACGCAGAUGAAGGCGGUCGUAGCGGCGGUGAUCGGAAAUUUCCGCGUAGAGGUGGCGCGGGGACACGUGGCUCGGCCCAAACUGUCCAUUAUUUUACACAUGAAGGGUGGCCUGAAGGUGAGCGUCAGGAAGCGAGAGAAGCUCUAG